AUGGCCUCUCAAAUUGUUAGACGCAUGCUUCCAAAUCGCGCCAUGGAGAUCUUCGCAAACCCUAAGAAUUUUGGAGCUAGGGUUUUCAAUCAGAGCUUCUCUUUAGCCCUAUCUAACUAUAAUCUGAAACGAGCCACUCUCUUCCUCGGCAAUGGUAUCAAUAAAAUUGUGGAGUCCAUAAAAAGGAUAUUCAAAACCGUUGAUGUGCCAAUUGAAUGGGAAGAGCACAAUGUUGCGCA